AUGACACCGAUCAGCGAGCAGCAACCCAACGAGGAGCCUGAAACACAAUCUUCACCAAGCCGUAAUUCUCCAGUUCCAAAUGAGGUAGCGGUAAUCAGGGAUGUGGAGAAUGCCAACCAGGAGCAACAACAACAGGCUGCGAGGCAGGAGCGGGACUUCCUCGCGGGGAUCAGGAAGCUCUUCAAGAGCUUCAAGAACCUCUCCCAUAUCUUCGAGAUAUACAAGGAUGAGGAUGAGAAGGAGGACGAUGAUGACACAAGUAUUGAGAUCGGGCUUCCAACGGAUGUGCAGCACGUGGUGCACAUAGGCCUGGACGGAUCCACCAACUUGUCAAACCUAAGGGGCCUAGAGGGGGCCAGGGAGCUGUUCUCCCUCUCCAACCUCACCACCCUCGAGCAGUUUGAGCUCGCCAUGGCCUCGCUGGCUGCUAGUGGCAAAGAGCGAAAUGGGGUGUUAGAUAGAGUUCCCCCUAACUAA